GAGCACUUGUCCUCUCGAGCUGCCACCAUGGCGCCACAAAAGGACACCAUGUUCCGCUCGGCGGACAUGUCCUUGACGCAACUCUACAUCUCCAACGAAAUCGGCCGUGAGGUAGUUUCAGCACUAGGAGAGCUUGGAGUGAUGGAUUUCAGAGAUCUCAACUCCGAGACGUCUGCGUUCCAACGUACCUUCACGCAGGAGAUUCGUAGGCUGGACAACGUGGAACGGCAACUUCGUUACUUCCGUCAGCAAAUGGACAAGCUGGAAAUCCCGAUGCGCUCCAUCUACGACUUCAACAACCCCUUCACAUCCCCUUCCGCUACUGAGAUCGACGAGUUGGCCGACAAAAGUCAGCAGUUGGAGAACAGGAUCUCAUCGUUAAACGAGUCUUAUGAGACGCUAAAGAAACGUGAGGUGGAGCUUACCGAGUGGCGAUGGGUUCUGAGAGAAGCUGGUGGCUUUUUCGAUAGGGCUCGUGGACAGACCGAAGAAAUCCGCCAUUCCCUUGACGACGACGAUGCUCCUCUCCUGGCUGACGUGGAACAAAACAGCCAGAACGAACCUGCCGGCGACCGCUCUUUCUCCGUGAUGAACAUCGGCUUCGUCUCUGGUGUGAUUCCUCGGGAUCGCAUUGCUGCCUUCGAGAGGAUUUUGUGGAGAACCCUCCGUGGUAACCUCUACAUGAACCAAUCCGAGAUCCCGGAGCCCAUUAUCAACCCCGAGAACAACGAGGAGACCAGCAAGAACGUGUUCAUUAUCUUCGCUCAUGGAAAGGAGAUCAUCGCCAAGAUUCGCAAGAUCUCGGAGUCCAUGGGUGCUGAUCUCUACAGCGUUGACGAGAACAGCGAGCUCCGUCGUGAUCAGAUGCGUGAGGUCAACAGCCGUCUGAGCGAUCUGUCUAGUGUGUUGAAGAACACCAAAUCUACCUUGGAUGCAGAAUUGACUGCCAUCGGCCGUACGCUGGCUGCUUGGAUGGUCAUCAUCAAGAAAGAGAAGGGAACUUACCAAACCUUGAACAAGUUUUCAUACGACCACCAACGCAAAACUCUCAUUGCCGAGGCUUGGGCGCCCACCAACUCCCUCGGUCUGAUCAAGUCCACUCUCUCUGACGUGAAUGACCGCGCAGGACUAUCAGUCCCUACCAUCGUCAACCAGGUCAAGACCACAAAGACUCCUCCUACGUACUUCAAGACCAACCGCUUCACUCUCGCUUUCCAAACCAUCAUCGACGCUUACGGAACCAUCAAAUACCGAGAAGUCAAUCCUGCGCUACCCGCUAUCGUCACGUUCCCUUUCAUGUUCGCCGUUAUGUUUGGUGAUGCCGGCCACGGUGUCAUUAUUCUCUCAGCCGCCCUCGCCAUGAUAUACUUUGAACGCAAACUGCAGCGCAGCAAGCUUGACGAACUUUUCUCUAUGAUCUUUUAUGGACGUUACAUUAUCAUGAUGAUGGGUAUCUUCUCCAUCUAUACCGGUUUACUCUACUGCGAUGCCUUCUCUAAAGAGCUUCCCUGGUUCAGCUCCAUGUGGGAGUGGGACUCUCACAAGGACGAGAAAGGCGAGGUUCACCUUGGUCCGAAUGCUCAUCGAAUUGAAGGACACACGUACCCCUUCGGUCUGGACUACAGAUGGCACGAAACCGACAACGACCUGCUCUUCUCGAACAGUUACAAGAUGAAACUCAGUAUCUUGCUCGGUUGGUGCCACAUGACGUUUUCACUGAUGUGGUCUCUGGUCAACUCUCGCUACUUCAAGACGCCCAUUGACAUCUGGGGCAACUUCGUUCCCGGAAUGAUCUUUUUCCAGUCGAUCUUUGGUUACCUCUCUUUCACCAUUGUCUACAAGUGGAGUGUGGAUUGGGCAGCGCGCGGUGUAAGCCCUCCCAGUCUUUUGAAUAUGUUGAUUUACAUGUUCUUGUCGCCGGGCACGCUCGAAGAAGGCACCGAGCCCAUGUUCCCAGGACAAGCUGGACUUCAGACUUUCCUCGUACUCAUUGCGCUUGCCUGCGUUCCGGUUCUGCUUUUCCUCAAGCCCUUCUACCUACGAUGGGAGCACAACAAAACUCGUGCCCUCGGAUACCGUGGCAUCGGUGAAAGCACCCGCGUCAGCGCUCUGGAUGAUGACGACGAAGACGAAAGCCGCAACCUUAACGGCAACGGCCGCGAGAGUUUCGGUGACGAUGAUGGUAUUGCCAUGAUCACGCAGGAUAUCGGACACGGCGAAGAGCACGAAGAAUUCGAAUUCGGUGAGAUCAUGAUCCACCAGGUCAUCCACACUAUUGAAUUCUGUCUCAACUGCGUGUCGCAUACGGCAUCCUAUCUCCGUCUCUGGGCUCUUUCCCUGGCUCACCAACGUCUCUCUAUUGUGCUCUGGGACAUGACGAUGAAGAACGCAUUUGGCAUGACUGGCAUUACGGGAUCCAUCAUGAUGGUGGUUGUGUUCUACGGCUGGUUCAUGCUCACGGUAGCGGUUCUGUGCGUAAUGGAGGGCACCAGUGCCAUGCUGCACUCGCUCCGUUUGCACUGGGUAGAAGCCAUGAGCAAGCAUUUCAUCGGUGACGGAGUGCCGUUUGAACCAUUCAGCUUUGUGCGGCUGUUGGAAGAUGAUCCUGUAGAAUAG